AUGAACAAGCAUAAGGACCCGCUGAAGAAGCUUUAUAAACUAUUCCCUGACUUGAAGGAUAAGCUGACUGCAAUUUUGAACCAUCCCCUAAUGCCAUCUGAGUUUGAAGAUGCGUGGAAGGCUUUGAUUGAAGAGUACAAUCUGCAUGAUAUAAAUGUCAUGAUUAACUUAUGGGCUGAAAGGAAAUUGUGGAUAUCAGCUUACUGGAAAGAAGUUUUCUGUGCACGCAUGACUUCAACACAAAGAAGCGAGAGCAUGAACUUUGUGCUGAAAAGGGGUUUUGUCACUGAACGAGACAACCUCCACAUUUUUGCUAAGCAAGUUAACAACUGCAUACAGGCAAGGCAUGAAGCAGAGAAUGCAGAGGCAAAUGCAUCAACGGGCACAAGGAAAACAGUCACCAGGUAUGGCUUCGAGGCACAGGUGAUGGAUAAGUACACACGGGCAGUGUACUCAGUUUUCCGGGAGCGGCAAUAUCACAACACAGCUUUCCGCAUUAAGACUUCCCAGGAUAAUCCCAACAUUUACCUUGUGCAUCACUACAAUCAGAGUAAAGAAUUCGCUUGGUCAAGACAUGAAUUCAGAGUGCUAGCAGAUGAAGUUGAAGGCCGCUAUGAAUGCGAAUGUAAACUGUGGGAACAUACAGGGUUGUUCUGCCACCAUGUCAUAGCUGUCUUUGAGUACCUACGCCUGGAUGAGAUACCAAGCAAGUAUAUACUCCAGAGAUACACCAAAGAUGCAGUGACAAACCCUGAUUUCAACCGCAGAGACUACAGGACAACAACAGAUGAUGGGACUUCAAUUGAAUACAGACGAACAAUCCUUUACAGUGAAGCAGUUUAA